AUGGGGCACCACCCUCACUCCACUGUGGUGAUGCUGCCGUGGCAACCGUGGAACCUGGGCCAGUACCGGAGGAGAGAAGCCUCAGCAGACCUGGAUAUCACAGAAAAGGAGAAGGAAUACAGGGCUAAAGUGGAGAUCAGGCACCUGCAGACUCAUUUCCAUCAUGAAGCCUACAAGAGGAAAUUCUUCGACGCUGAAAUCUGGCGGCAGAUGCAGGCUCAGGAAAGAGAAAUAGCUGAUCUGAGGCAAGAGCACGGACAUGUGACAGCAACGCUGAAGCAGCUCUAUUCACCGAGCAGCAUGGUGUUUGUAAACAGGAACCGCAUGAAGGUCCGAAACCUCAUGCAGACCAGCAUGCAGAAUGAUGCCCUGAUCAAAGAGAGAAAAGCCCAGUUAGCUGACCUGGCCAAGCAGGUUUUAGAGCUGGAAAAAAAGAUAGCGAAUCAAAGAGAAUCAAACUGGAAGGAGUUGGGAGCAAGGACCCGCAAACAGCUGCAUAAGACGAUUGAGUUACUGGAGAUGCGUCUGCGCCAUGUAAGGAAACAUUUUGGAGGCUUUUGGAGAACAUUUGCGGGGUCACACAGGGGCCUGGCACCUUUCUGGUCAGGACAAAGCACAUGGUGCAAACGUGUCACUGUGUGUUACAACGCCGUCGUGGCCAGGAACAACAAGCUCAGAGAGGAGACUGCCAGCCUGCAGAUCCAGAAGGCCAGUUUUGACAACCUCUACUGGAAGCUGGAGAGAAGCCUGGUCCUGCAGAACAAGCUGCUGAACGCUGCUAUCGAGCAAGCCACAGAGGACUACGACCAGUGGAUGGAGGAUCUGGGGCGGAUCUCGGACAUCCGGGACGUGCGCUACAGGGAAACCAUCCAGUACAACAUCAGGCUGCUGGAGAGGAAGUGUGCCCUCCACCAGGAGAGCAGGCUGAAGAACUUCUUCCUCAGCAAAUGUGCAGAUCUCUCUGUAUUGAAGGAACAGGCCAAAGCGAGAGAAGCCUUUGAGGCAGCUGAGAGGGCCAAAGCGAGCCAAAAGGAGAGCUAUGAGGUGGCCUACAAGCGUCUCCUGGAGCUGUCAGACGGAAACAUCGAUGAUUUCUUGGAGGACUUCCUUGAGAAGGACAGGAGAUUCUUCAUCCUCUUUAACUUUGCCAUUAGGCUGAACGUCAAUAAUGAGAGUCUCAGGCAGAGGAUCGAGGCCGUCCAGGCAGCGAUUUUGGGCCAGGGUGGGUUUGUCCUCUCCCGAGUGUCCUUCACCACUGCCCGCAUCCAGCCACACAGGGAGGGUGAGGGGGAUGCAAAGGAGCAGCCAAAGCUGAACUCCGCUGCGUUCUGGGAGCUGAACGUGUCUCAAUGCUGCCACCGUGAUGAUAUGGAGGCCAUGACAACGGAGAGAGAAAAGGCUGAGACAACCCAGACACAGGUCCUGCAGGAGCUGAAGGCAAAAAUAGCAGAGACCACCAAGGAAGCCAACAAGUAUGAGAACAAAUACAAGGAGAGCAGCCAACUCCUGGGACAGAUCCAAUCUCGCAUUGAGACCCUCUUGAAGGAAAUGGACUGUGACACUACAAAGAUAGUGAAGCCUCUUGGGGACAGCUUGGUGCCAGUUUUUGGCCCCGUGGAGAGCAAGGUCAAGGAGUUCCUGAUGAGGGAGUCCCUGCUGCGCUACACCUCCCUGGACCGCUCCCAGCGCGCCCAGGGCUUCGUCAGCCCCCUCCGGGAAGCCUCCAGCCACCUCUGGACCAUGGACAGGGCCAAGCUCUGCCCACACCCCCCAGACCUGGAGGAGAGCGCUGACCCCAGAACCGCGGAAGAGCCGCUGGGCCGGGAAGAGCUGCGGGAGCUCGUCAUCCAGAGGCAGCAGGAGGAGGUGAGCAGGCCCCCCAGCGCGGGCAAGAAGAGGAGGAAGUUCACAUCACCUGGUGCAUCAGGGAGCCCAUCAGGGUCCAAGACCCCAGCAGGGAAUUAA